UGGGGACCCGGGUGCGGCGGCCCCGCCCAGGCCCACACGGGGUGGGGGUUGGUUCCCAUAGGGAUGGCGGGGCCGGCCCGCCGCGCUCCCAGCUGCCCGCGGGUCCGGCGCGGUCCCAGGCACAAGCCCUGCCCGGCUGGAACGCCAGGGCAGCCCAUCGUGUCAGAAUUUCCAAAGCCGCGUGGAUAGACGAUGUGAAACUCCAUCUCGGGAAGAUUUCAUUCCUCUGGGAUGGAGAAGUAUGAGAAAAUCGGGAAAAUUGGAGAAGGAUCCUAUGGAGUUGUUUUCAAAUGCAGAAACAGAGACACAGGCCAGCUCGUGGCCAUCAAGAGGUUUCUGGAGUCCGAAGAUGAUCCUGUCAUAAAGAAAAUCGCCCUCCGAGAAAUCCGCAUGCUCAAGCAACUCAAACACCCCAACCUGGUCAAUCUCCUGGAAGUGUUCAGGAGGAGGCGGCGGCUUCACCUGGUUUUUGAAUAUUGUGACCACACAGUGCUGCAUGAGCUGGACAGGUACCGGAGAGGAGUACCAGAACACCUCGUGAGGAGUAUAACUUGGCAGACACUGCAAGCUGUCAAUUUUUGCCACAAACACAAUUGCAUACACAGAGAUGUGAAGCCUGAAAAUAUUCUCAUCACAAAACAUUCUGUGAUUAAGCUCUGUGAUUUUGGAUUUGCUCGGCUUCUGACGGGACCAAGUGACUACUACACAGACUAUGUGGCUACCAGGUGGUACCGCUCCCCUGAACUGCUGGUGGGGGACACACAGUAUGGCCCCCCAGUAGAUGUUUGGGCAAUUGGCUGUGUUUUUGCUGAGCUACUGUCGGGAGUGCCUCUGUGGCCUGGAAAGUCAGACGUGGAUCAGCUCUAUCUGAUUAGGAAAACCUUGGGGGAUCUCAUUCCUAGGCACCAGCAAGUAUUUAGCACGAAUCAGUACUUCAGUGGAGUAGAAAUUCCAGACCCUGAAGAUAUGGAACCACUGGAAUUAAAAUUUCCAAAUGUCUCUUAUCCUGCCCUGGGGCUCUUGAAGGGCUGUCUCCACAUGGACCCUGCUCAGAGGAUGACAUGUGAGCAGCUGCUACAGCACCCAUAUUUUGACAGCAUCAGAGAAGUAGUGGAUUUGACAAGAGAACCUAACAGACAAAUGAGGAAGACCGUACGACAGAGCCGGAAGCACCUGCCUGGGCUGCAGUACCUACCUCAGCUGACCACCGGCAGCCUCCUUCCAGCUUUGGAUAAUAAGAAGAACUGCUGUAAUACCAGGAAACUUAGCUACCGCUUCCCAAACAUUUAAGGAGCUUAGAUUGAUGACAAAGGAAGACUUGCUCAAUCAUUUGAAGACACAGAACAUACACAUUUGAAAACAAAGCAAGAGUACUGUAAACAUACCAGGAGAAAAUAUAAGCAAGUGACUGGAAGUCCACUUGGCAAGACAUGAAGGGAAAUUCCAGAUCCAGUCCUCCAGGCUUGCUGAUCAGACCCAUAACAGGAAGGAAAAACUUGUUUGGAGUUUCACUUAUGUUUUUCUUUUUUCAUCUCAGCCACUAAGCUUAUGGAGAAAACAUAAACUGUGUCUACUGUCCAUAACUCUAAAAAAUUAGAUGUCAAAAAGA